GCUGGCCGCGUUUGCUCCCCCCUUCUCCCUCCCACGCCCCGAUCCCCUAAACCCACCGCGCCGCCGCCGCCGCCGUCGAACCCUUCCUCCUCCCAUGUCCCGCCGCUCCGGUCGUCACUUCCUACCGUUACUCCGCCGCCGCCACCUCCACCGCUCCGUCCAUCUCCCCUACACAUCCGCACCCAUUCCUCCCGACACGAUCCCCUCCACCUCCAUCCCCCCGUCCCCGCCCCCGCCCCCGCCGGCCCUCCACCGCGCACGCUGGCCGCCGGUGUGGUAUCCCACCUCCUCGCAGCUCCCACCGUUCACGAUAUCGCACCUUCGCGCGGCCGUCUCCUCCCUCGCCGCUUCUCUCCUCGCCCUGCCCGAUCCGGACCCGGACCCCUCGCCCGCCCUCCACGCCCACUCGUUCCCCACCCUGCUCGCAGUCUCGCCGCUCGCCUCACUCGAGCUCCUAUCCCUCCUCCGCCCAAAACCCUGCCUUGGCCUCGCGGUCUUCUCAUUUCGCCGCACGCUCGCUCCGCCGCCCACACUCCCCGAGUUUACCCUCGCCAUCUCACUCGCCAGCCGCGCUCGCGACCCUGCCACCGCGGGCAUCCUCUUCGCCGACGCCUCCAGCUCCUGCUGCCCCGACCAGGCACUCUACAAUGCCCUCAUGUCCGCCUACAUGCACAGUGGCCUUGUGGAUCGCUGCCUGGAGACCUUCCAGGACCUGCAGCGUGACUCACGGUGUGGCCCGCCCAAUGCAGACUCUUACAAUAUCCUCAUCGCCCUUUUUGGUCGCUCCCUCCUUGUUGAUCACAUGGAGGCCACACUCCAGUCGCUGGAUGCCUCAGGGCAACCCCGGACUAUUGGCACCUAUAACGCAAUCAUCGCUGGGUACCUCACUGCAUGGAUGUGGGACAAAAUGGAAGCAAUGUUCCAUGAAAUGGUGGAAAGUCAAGUUGAUCCAGAUACCACCACACAUUUACUGAUGCUUAGAGGUUAUGCACAUGCUGGGAUGAUUUAUAAGAUGGAGCGGGCCCAUGAGCGUGCUUGCGAGCGUGCUGGCAAGAUUGAUAUGGUGCAUAUUCGUGCAAUGCUGUGCGCAUAUUGCAAGUUCGCACAUGUGGAUAAGAUUCAAAAGAUCGAGAAGUUGCUUCAGAAGUUAGGUCCUGAAGAUUAUAGGCCCUGGCUUAAUGUAUUGUUAAUUAGGGUGUAUGCCAAUGAGGGGUUGGUUGACGGGAUGGAAAGGCGGAUCACGGAGGCAUUGGAACGGAAUACCACUGUCACUACAACGCACGUGAUGAGGUCCGUCAUAACCAGCUAUUUCCAGUGCGAUGCGGUCGAUAGACUUGCACAUUUUGUCCAGCAGGCUGAGGAGGCUGGGUGGAAGCUAUGCCGUAGUUUGUAUCACUGCAAGAUGGUGAUGUAUGGAAAACAUCAUCGUCUGGAAGAGAUGCAUGGGGUGUUGGAAGAAAUGGAGUAUUUUAGGUUUGACCGGACAAAGAAGACAUUUUGGAUCAUGCACAAAGCAUAUGUGAGUUGUGGGCGAAGAUCUGAGGCCGAUACAAUACUCGGCAUGAUGUGGAAGGCCGGUUUUGGAUUCCCCUUCGUUCAAUAACAUGAUUCAUCUGCUCCACUUGUUGGGGAAAAUUUCAAAUUUUGCUUUCUGGCAAGGUAGCUGGAUGGAAUAUGAGGCUGUAAACAACAUAUGCUGCUCAAAAGAGUAAAAGUACUCCAGAUGGAACCCUAGAGCUCUGAAGUACCCCAAAACAGGACAUAGAACAUUGCUUUCUAUGGAAUUUAGGCCCCGAAAAGGCAGCUGAGGUCGAUCUAAGCAAGCGGAGUUUGGAUACAAGGAAGCUGCUAUCUUGCCCAUUUUUGUUCUGCAUACUGCAAAAACAGCUAAAAAUGGGAUUUGAAGUAUCAUCUCUGGUGUUUAUCAUGAAAUAUGUCAUCAUUACACAACAUAGUGGCGCGAAAGGAAAAUAAAACUGAGGUUUAUUCUGCAUGCCUACUUGUACCCAAAAGCUAACCCCUGAUUGCAAAUUCAAUCUGAGGUUCCUUCUCGUUUUGUAUUUGCACUUUUGGCUUUAUGAAAGUGGAGGCUCUACCGGGAAAUCUGAGGUGGCGGCAUGCCAGGAGGUUCUCUGGUUGCACUUGCAUCUCGAGUUCAUAUCAUGUCAGUUGUUCAACUCAGGGAAUCUGGGAAGCUUGUUCUGCAGUAAAGUUUGAAGGUUCACUGUGCAGUCGAGGAUGCUGCUUUGUGAUCUAUACCAGUGCCAGGUAACCUCCCAAUCUUGGAGCAUUCAGUUUAUAGCUUGCAGAGCAGUAAUGAACAAAAGUGCACUUCCAAGUGGCUAUAGUGCAUACAAACCACCGGGCCUUGUCUGUCGUGUUUAAAGAAGGAACAGAACUUGCGCUGGAUACAACUACAGAUCUGCAUAUACUUUUGUUUGGAACAUUUGUUGCGGUGCCAAGGCACUUUACAUGUUACUUCAUUUUCAGGCUAGAUCGCAGAGGGUAUUUGUUUCAUUUCCCACUAACAUAUGCACCAAUUUUUGACAUGCGUGCAAUGAUUCUUUUGGCAACCACACAAGUUGUACUCAGCCGGAAACAUAGUUGUCAACCUAGUCAUAUUGUUGUCAUGUACUCCGUUAUUGCUCUGUACCAUGCAUCGUGAUAUCUCGUUUGGCAGCUGCAAAUAAUUGUAAGCUGUUAUGUCAACUAUUGCUUUCAGAUUGGAAUCCAAACGAUCUGAUUUAUUUGGUUUCCUC